AUGAGCCAGAAAAUUGAUCUCUCCAAAAUCUUCACCAAAAACAAUUUCCUCGUCCAGUCCGCGCUACUUGGCCUGAUAUUUCUAAUCGGGCUCCAGUCACUAUAUUCCUUGAAGCUUUUCGUCGAUGUCUACAACUUGUCCACCUUCAAGCUCAACAUUGUUCAGGGACUAUUUUUAGUGUGGAAUGCCGUCAACGACCCACUGAUGGGCUAUUUUCAGGACGUCGGUUGCGGAAUUUCUUGGAUCAUGGACCGGCGGAAGGUGAUGAUGUACGCCGGCCCAGUCUGGGCUGCCGUUUCCCUCAUUUUUUGGUUUCCGCUGUCAACUUCAAACGAUCUGCUUGUCGCAACCCACUUCCUGGUCGCCCUCUUCUCGUACGACACCCUAAUGACGCUCGUCGGGUCGGCGUACUGCGGCAUUUGCGUAGAGUUGGGUCAAGAUCACCAAGGUAGGGUGAAUAUUGUCGUCCUCGGCGAGAUAUUUGCCAUAAUUGCCGGCUUCGUUAUCUUUCCGAUCGACUAUUUAUCCGGAAAUAUGCAGCAUGUCGGCAUUUUUCAGGUCUGCGCCAGCGUCAUCUGCGUGAUUGCCGGGUUGCUCAUGUUCAUUUCCGCCUACUUCCUCGAUACACCUGAAAAUCCUGAAAGUAAAGCCGUAGACGUCGAGUUGGAUCUGCUCGCAAAAACGGGGGUAGAUGAGCCGGUGGACACCGACGACAUCUUCAAGGCGCUCGGCAUCACCUGGGAAAUCGUGAAGCAGCCCCGAUUUUUGUGCCUUAUUGCUUCGAAUUUCUUCAGGACGUUGCGAACAAUGGCCAGCGAGCAAUUCCUGUUGAUGUUCGUGCCCUCGCUGCUGUCCAGAAACGGCUUCAUGCCGCUCGGGUCCGUGGAGCUGACCGUUUUCUACAUUCUUGUCAGAACACUAGGAAGGGUACUUUUCCUAUUCCUCUUCUACCCAGUCCAUCGCCACGGUGCCCACCCAACCCUGCUGGGGCUGAACGUCUUGGCGUUGAUCUCGGGCGCCGUCAUACUUUUCAUCGGCCGCUCGGCCUACGCUGCCGUCGCAGUUUAUAUCCUCGUCGAAAACACACUCGGCCGGUGCGGAGCCCAGGGGUUAUACCUGCUCAUCUGCGGUGAGGUGAUCGACACAGAUCAAGCGUUGCACAAAAGGAGCUCACCGCUGUCGACGCUGAUCUUCACCAUCAAGGCGCUGUUCAACAAGCCGGCCGAGCAGUUGGCCCCGAUCAUUAUGAUGGCACUACUAGACUUUGGCGGUUAUAGCCGAUACAAGGUACCGUGCGGAGCUGUUGUUUCCGCAUCGACCACUAGAAUUCCUGUUGUUGAUAUCGGCACGACACCGGCUUCAUUGUUAACUAACAACUUUUCUGACCCUGCCAAUAGCACAAUAUCUACUUCAAUUAUAACAAGUGACCCCAAAUUCUGCGUGGAUCUCUUCGAAGCGAUGUUUCAAGUGCUCGUAUGGUGGCCGUUGGUCUGCAUCAUUGGCGAGUCGAUCUUCAUCAUCCUCGACGUGUACUUCAAACGAAAAAUCGGGCCCCUUCCGUCGAUGACACCGAGCAAGAACCACCGCCGGCACUCUGUAUGUUCGAUGCAGGAGGUGACAAGGCCCGUU